AUGGCAACUUCAACAUCGCAAACCCUUCCGGGAGGUUUUGGGGGAUUUGGGCUUGAUAGUUUUCCAAUUUCUCAAGAACGUCUUUCACUUUUAAAUCGGUUUAAAAGUGAAAGGCUAGGAAACAUUCGACCUAUGGGUGAAUUUUUUGAUAGGGGUAGAAUCUCGAAACCAAAAGGCAUGGGAGGACUAGUUUUGCAUGAUCGUACUAUCACUCAAAAACAAUUAUAUAUGGGAUUGUUUGGUAUUUCUGUCCCGCUCUUGUGGAUAUCCUCAGCUGGUUCUACCAUAUUUUGGAUUAUUG